GAGCUCCGGCCACUAGAAGUGGAUUUCCAUAAACGAUUUUGAAGCAUGUACAAGACCACCCACAAGCGCUAUUAGGAAAUCGGUUUACGAAAUCCGGUUUUGGGAGCCCUAUGUGAACGGGGCGGAAGGUGUUUAGCUAAAAGGUCAAAUAAAUAAAUAAAUAAAAUACUACGUGUCUUUGGCUACUCUGAAUGAUCAUAGUACACUUCAAAGAUCUUCGUUAAUUGUGUAACUUAGAUUGGAAGACAGUUGUUUAGUUGUUGUUGUUUUAGUGUUUUGUGUAAGAAUAGUUGAAUCUGGUGGGUUUGGUAUUUUGUUGAACAAUGACUACCGCUGCCAGACCUACCUUCGAACCUGCCCGUGGUGGGCAGGGCAGAGGCGAGAAAGAUUUGAGUGCAAUUUCAAGACAAUAUUCGAGCAGAGAUUUGCCAUCUCAUAAUAAACUGAAAUACAGAGAACAUGGGCAAGGAACCACUGAGGAACUCAGAUCACGAGACUUCCGCAAAGAACUGGAGGAAAGAGAACGUGAGAAAGAAAAGAACAAUGCCAGGGAUCGCCGAACCCAAGAGUCCAGUUCACACAAGAGACCCAAGUUGGACCAGGUCCCUGCUGCAAGCCUAGAUGCGGAUGAUCCAUUAGAUGAAGAUGAUUCAGAUGAUGGUGACAGUGAUGAUGAUACAGCACAGUUGUUGGCUGAGUUACAGCGAAUAAAAAAGGAACGUGCUAUGGAACAGGCAAAAAGGGAAUCUGAGAAACGACAAGAAGAAGAGAGAAUAAGAAUGGAGAACAUUUUGAGUGGAAACCCAUUGCUGAAUUACUCCGCACAGAUGCAGAAGGCAGAUUUGAAGGUCAAGAGACGUUGGGAUGAUGAUGUUGUAUUCAAGAACUGUGCCCGUUCUGAACCAGAGAAGAAGAAAGAUCAAUUUAUCAAUGAUUCAUUGCGUUCAGAGUUUCAUAGAAAAUUCAUGGAGAAAUAUGUGAAGUGACUGUUUCUCUAUUUGCCUCUGAAUGUGGGUUUACAGAAAUGCAGUUUUGGUUUCUGCACAGUUGUGAAAGACAAAUUUUGAAAGUACCUCUUGAAUCAAUGUGCAAAGGUGUUGUUGCAGUGGGACAACGAGUGGUUAACUUGAGAAGACCUGCAAAUCCAUUAAUGUUUAAUUAUAGUCUCAGUUUGUAAAAGUAAAUGUGACUCGCAUGGGAGGGAGCUACUACUUGGUUAUAAAGAAAUUAGAAAGUUAUAUAAAAUAAUGAAUCAAAUGAGCUUAAAUACAGCCAUUUUUGUGUGAUACAUGAAACCAUAUAGUGUUUUACUGUUUGAUAAUUCUUUACUAUUUUGUGAUGCCAAAUAUUGCAAUGAGCAUUUAUUUCUAAGUAGACAAAUGGUGUAAUUAUUUGCAGACUGUCUUUUAUAGUGCAAGUGUCUAAUAAAUUAUUUCUGAUACAUUUAGACCAUUAUCAAGCUUUUUUAUGUCGCUAGUUACUGAUGACAGAAAUAACAACUAGUCACUGUACAUAUUUUUUAAUGAGUCAGAAUAUGUUCACAUCAUUGUCUGAAAUGUAUUAUGAAUGAUUAAAUCUGUGGCAAGCAUUGAC